AAGGUGGUGGUUUAGUAGUCGUCAAUAUAAAAGCACUGUCGCUUUCUGCGGCGGCUAGUUCUUUGGGUCCUAUAGAGAGUAAAAGAAUAAAUAGGCACCAUGAAGUCUUGUAUUGUUUUGAUUUGCCUGGUCUUGUCGGUGUACGCCGCGGACAAGUACAACUCAAAAUAUGAUAACUUUGACGUGGACACCUUGAUUGGAAACGAUAGAUUGCUCAAAUCGUACGUCAACUGCUUCUUAGAUAAAGGCAGGUGCACUGCUGAAGGAAACGAUUUCAAAAAAGCCCUCCCAGAGGCUGUGGAAACGAUUUGUGGAAAAUGCACUGACAAACAGAAGCUAAACAUCAGGAAGGUAAUCAAAGCAAUCCAGCAGAAGUACCCCAAGCAAUGGGAGGAUCUUGUGAAGAAAAAUGACCCUACUGGCAAACAUCGCGCCGGCUUCGAGAAGUUCAUUCAAGGAAGCUAAAUCAAUACUCUAUUUGAGGAGCUGACGAACAAAAGCAGAUAGUUACAUUUUACAGAGGCGAAUGAAACAGCAUCAAUUCACUGUCGGUGUUUUUUUCCAUACAUUACUUAAGAAUUAUUUCAAGAGAACUGGUAAACAUCUGACGACAGGAUAACAAUGAAAAUUGUUAAAGAAAACUUUUGCCAGGAGGUACAUUGCUGUUUGAGAUAUAUGGAAAUAAAACAUAGAAGAGUUUGAGAUAAAAAAACGGCAGAACGUUGAUGAUGAUAAUAACUGUUUUGUUCAAUAAUGUACCUAUCAGAGCUUUAUAGUUGGGUACUUUGAGAGCCAAAACGAGCUUUAAAGUACACAAAUCUACUUUUGUUUGCCAACUACUCUUUUUUUUAAACUCAAAUUAGGGCUAAGAGAUUUUAAAUUUUAAUGUAAUAUUUAGGUACUUUUAAGGUUAUUUUUCACCAAGUGAAUGAGUUAGAGUGUAGUUCGAUACAAAAAGCUGGGGAACUUCCAUUAAAAUUGUUUGAAUGGUGCAAAACACCCAGUUUAUAAGUGGUUAACCUACAUACAAGUUUAACUUUAAUUAUUAGGUUGCACAGACAUUGUGUGAUUUGUAAAUUAUGGUUACCUUGACCAGAGAUACGACAAAGUAAUUUAAGUUCUUUAUUCUGAGACAGUAUCUUACUUUAAGAAAUAAAUCUAAUUUAUUGCCGACAAAAAGAGAGAUUAUUAUAAGCCCUUAUUUUUAACUAGUAGACAAUGUGAUAGAUAGAUUUGGAUAAAGAAAUAACGUGUUGUGAAAAGAAACGUAUUGACAUAAAUUAGAUUUAAGAAAAUCAAUAAUUUGGUUUUGGUAUGACGUGAAGAAUAACACCUAAAUUAAUUAAUAAGGUAAUGCAUUUGUAAUUUUCUAUAAGUAAUGGUGAAAAAUUGUUAUUUAUUUUAUUAAUUAUUGGUGUUGACUGAUUUUAAUAAAUGAAAAUCUGAAACU